AUGACCCCUCUCGGGUGCUUCUCCUCCCUUUUGGAUUGGCGAUGGAUCACAGCCGCGCUGGUCUUCCUCGUGACGUACCUGUUGGGCCGCUUCUACUACUGUGUAUCGAAGUACCCGAAGGGACCCUUUCCACUUCCACUUGUGGGUAACCUGCUGGCGUUGCGCCACGUGACCGACUUGCACGCCAAAUCGACUGAAUUGUCCAAGAUAUACGGCGACGUCUUCACUUUGUGGAUGGCCCACAGGCCGAUGGUGAUGCUGAACAGCUACGCUGUUAUUCGGGAAGCACUGGUGGAUAGACGACACGAUUUUGCUGGCCGCUUUCCUACUAGAACAGGUGCCUUGCAAAACGAAGGCAACCACGACAUAGUAUUCGAGGAUUACAACCCCUAUUGGAGGGCUCUUCGGAAGGUGGUUGUGUCAGCCUCAAGACGCUACGCGGCCAGUGAGUCUUUGGAACAUCAUUGCGCCGACAUCGUCGACACCUUUGCGGACUCCUUAGGAGAAGGACCGCAGAUGAUGGACUUCAGGAAACCUAUCUUCUCUAUGUUCUGCAAGGUCACUGGGGCAGCUGUAUAUGGUACAAGGCUGCAUGACAGUUAUAUAGAAAGCCUGGAAGACAUCAACCGCCGGUUCUAUCAAAUUUCACCCAACGGCCUCCCCAGCGACAUAGCGCCCUUUCUGGCCAUUCUGUAUUACAAGAAAGAGAAGAAGAUGGCAGCGUUGUUCCGCGAACUCCGGGAGCUUAUACAAAGUCUGUUCUCGAAAGCCGAGGCUACCUACGUUCCAGGUAGCACAGACAACUUCACGCACGCCAUGUUGGCCGCCCGAGAGGAAGCCAUCAAAGAAGACAGAGCUGACGCACAGUACCUGACCAAACCCAACAUGAUUCUUGCUACAAUGAACAUCUUCAACGCUGGAACCAACACAUCGACGGCCACAUUUCAGUGGAUGCUGCUACGGAUAGCAAAAGAACACGGCAUUCAGGAAAGGAUUCAAAAGGAAAUAGAAGACAACAUCGGGAGCGUGCCACCUGCGUACGGAGACCGUGAGAAGCUUCCUUUCACCGAGGCUUGCCUGCUAGAGACGCUGAGAAUGCACCCUGCUGCGCCUCUAGGAUUACCGCAUAACACAACGACGGAUACUCGAGUCGGCAAGUGGGACGUACCCAAGGACACGGGCCUCUGGUACAACAUCUACAAGGUGCACCGUGACCCACAGCAAUGGGAAAACCCCGAAGAGUUCCGUCCCGAGCGGUUCCUCGAUCCCGUGACAGGGAAAGUGUCCUCUGACAUCGGUCCUCUGAUCACAUUCGGCCAGGGAACCCGCUGCUGCCCCGGAGAGAAGCUGGCUCACAUGGACAUGUUCUACCUCCUCGUCAGAGUCAUGCAGAGGCUCACAGUCAGUGUGCCUAGCGGGGUCUCGGAUGUAAACUGGAACGGAAAGGGUUCGAGCGUGUUUUUACACCCUGCUCGGCAAAAUUUUGUAUUCACGAGAAGAAGCUAAAUACAUUCCUGGCUACGUGAAA